AUGGACGCACAACGACCGAGAAGUUCCAGGACGCCGUCGCGUGGCUCAAAACGAUCACGCCGCUCAGUGACGCCUCCAGGGAAGAUCUCGUCGUCACCACCACCAAUGCCUGGAAGCGACAAGACUGACAAGAGUGACCGAGUCUCAAAGGAUAUCGCCACAGACCACAAUAUCAGCAUCCUGGAUCCACGGCGAUUUACACCCACCCUGCACGCCAACCUGGUUUCGGAGAUAUUGUCCCUGCGGAGAGACCAAGAAGAAAAGCUUAAACUUAUUGAGAGCCUGGAGUCAACGCUACAGACGACGAGGGACGAGGAAGAUUCGAUCCAAACAACACUCGUCACUACAGCCAAGGAGAACAGAUCCCUCAAGCGCCAACUAGCUCUGCUGGAAGGCGGUACGUCAUCAGCGUUGGGCGAACUUGCCCGCGAGCGUGAUGAGGCCGUCGAGGCAGCUGCAGAAUCAAAGAAGAGGCUUGAAACAGCCCAGAAAAAGUUGAAGACGCAGGAAGAUGACUCGGGAAGAACGCAUGAUCAGUGGGCGAAGGAGAAAGAUGAGUGGGAUGAAGAAAGGCGGAAGAUGGAGCGGAAACUGCAUGUCGCUGAAACGCGGCUGAAGACCAUCCUAGAAGAGGUGGCAGCAUUCCACGACGCUCAAGCGAAUGCUGGGGAAGAGAGUGAUAGCGAGGAAAAGGGCAAAGACAAGGAUAGUGACGCUGGCAGCGUUCGCUCGAUGAGCAUUCGGGAAAGCUUGAGGUUCUCGCUAAUGAACAAGGCGAACGGUUAUUCCCUGGCGGAUGAGCUCGACUUUGACGACGAUUCAGACUACCAGACGGAUCCGAAUGGCCGAGACAGCGUAAUGUCAACUCGAAAGCAUGCACGAAACGACAGUCGUGCCAGUAUGCUGUCGAAAACCCAUCGCCGGCAUCGCAGUAGUGAGAGCUUCAUCAGGCCUGGUAGCGUGGCGCGCGGGAGGUUCCAGCCGCAAAUGCAGCCUGAGGGGAGCCUUGCCAAUGGCAUCAUCCAGGAGAUCGAGGAGCCGCCGUCACCUGCACACCAAAAACCCACAGUCAGUUACACGGACACAGGGGUGCAGUACUCGCCACCGCCAUCGCCGAAGUUACCGUCGAGCAAGCCUUCUGUGCCUGAGCCGAGCGGGGUGUCAGCACUGGCAGCGCGAUGGGAGAAGCACCAUGAAGCCGAGGCCACUGAAGCGAACCAAAGAAGGAAGCGUGUCGCUGCUGCUGCCCGGCCACUGUCGAUCCAGGCGCCGGCUCCUCAGAGCCUAAUGGUAUCGUCUUCCGCGCAGACUGUGGAAACCCCCCUCAGUCCUCCAAAGACGCCCAAGACUCCUUCGCAGGAGCCUACCACGAUACCAAAGCUACAGCCUGCAGACAUGAUCUCUUCUGCUACUCAAACUGACCCUCCCGCCCCGCCUCCUCUGCCCCGGCCAGCGACGCCACCCACUCUGGCCAUUCCUAGUAUUGCCAUACAUCCUCCCAAGAGCCGGCCGUCGACGCCCAAGAAGUCGCUCUUGCCGCAACUAUUCAAGGAUUUCGGUUGCCAGGUCUCGAUCUCUGAUGUGCCGACAAGUUCCACCGGUGUACAGACAGAGGAAAUCCGCAUUGACCAGCGUCUCGACAGGCUUCCCGCACACUUGCACCCCUCUGCUAUCAACUCGAGGCCAACUUCACCAGCACAAGGGACUGAGAUCCCGACAGACCCGGACCGUCACUUCACCCCGGUUCCUGGCAAUUUACCUCCGCGCAACCCCAGAAGGCUGACGAGUCAGAGAAGCAUUGGUGAACUUGCAACUUCGGCUCGCAUGUCGGUGGAAUCAGAGACGAAGGACGCGUACCCUGGAAAUAACGACGACGGUCCAGUAUCCCAGAAGGCGGCUGUGCGAAGGCCUCACCGGAUUAGCAGUCUGUUUGCCGGCUUCGACGCUGUCAGCUCGGCGGACGAGGCUGACGAUUUCGCCGACGCUGAUAUGAGUGAUACUGAGUACAGGACGGCUCUUUCGGCCCCUCGGCCAGUCAAGACACCUGAACCUGGUCGAAGCACUCCGGGAUCCGUACCGUCUUCGCCAGAAGAAGUGGCGCCGAAGAAGCUUGCCGACAAGAUCUCUGCUCGUCAUGCUAGUACCAAUAAUACUUUGGCUUCUCCCAGGCUUGCAGACAGCCCUGAGGGCUUUGGACCAGCCAGAAAGGGCUCAAAGGGCCACAUUCGAGGGUCUGUCAUGGGUGCAAAGUCUGGUGGAAUGAGAAAGGCUGCCAUGAUCCAGAAUGGCAUCACGACGCAUCAAGAAGAUGCUAAAGACCCGCCGUUCCCUAUUCCGACGAGAGCUAGUUCGCGCAAGCCUCUCAACGGCAGCGCGCCCAGUGACGGGAACCGAAGCCCCACAAGAAACGAGCCUUGGAAGAAGAACCGGAUGCCGCUUCACCGUGCCAAUAGUCUCCGUAAGAGCAGGUCGGGCACAGCUGGACACGGCAGGGGCAGGAGUAGGAGACAGAACAGCAGGUCACCUCCCUAUACUCCUGACCCAACUCAGGACCCAAGCAUUCCUCCUCUGCCACGCAAUCAGCUCACCACGCCCAAGAACGAUCGCGGGAGAGCUAGAGGUCACAGACACCAGCCUUCCACCAACACUGCGACGACAGAAGCAACCGGGUUCCAGUCCAACGCCAGCUCGCAGCCGGCUGCGAACACGGUGGUAGAUGCCAUCGCUCAGACGAUGGUUGGUGAGUGGAUGUUCAAGUACGUCCGCCGGAGGAAGUCCUUCGGCGUGGCGAACGACAAUGUCGGCAAGGACGACUCGAGUAAUGACAGGCACAAACGCUGGGUGUGGUUAGCCCCGUAUGAACGCGCGAUCCUUUGGAGCAGCAAGCAGCCUUCGAGCGGCAGCGCACUGCUUGGCAAAUCCGGCCGCAAACUCACCAUACAGUCGGUGCUUGACGUAAAGGAUGAUAACCCUGCACCAAAGGGCCAUUCUGUCGUCUUCAAUCGCUCCAUCCUCAUCCUAACCCCUCAACGAGCAUUGAAGUUCACCGCAGUAAAUGCCGAGAGGCACUACUUGUGGUUGACUUCGCUGUCCUUCCUCGCUCAUUCUCAACAGCAAGUACCUGAUCUACCAGCACCUCCAGCACCAGCUCCGGCCAAGACACCGGACUUUGAGAUUCCCCCAAGUAAGGCUAAAUCCCGAAGACCACGCAUCCGCGACUCCAUUCGCCUUGCCAAGGGCCACCAUGCCAACACCACGGCCAACAACGCUGCAAUGGUCCACCCCAGUGGAGGCUUCGGAGGCGUAAUGACAUCCCAGCUGACAAACGGAGGUCACCAACCGGCGCCCAUGCCCAGUAUACCAGAUGUUCCAACGAGCCUCGUCCCAGGAUAUAGGUCCCCACCCCCGCCAGCAGGCAGCGAGAGCGUCACGUCCGGAUACUCGAACCCGUCGAACCCUUCGAACCACACCAACCAAGGUCAACAUAGCCGGGAAUGGUCCAGCGAUGCCGCGGAACCGCCGUUCAUCCCCCGCUUCCAAGAUCGAGAUCGCCCUCUAGGAACCGGCGGUCCCACCGUCCACGGGCGCAAGAGGAGUAAUACAGGCGGGCACGUGCCCCCUCCAUUGUCCUUCCGCGGGUUCUCCGGCCCCACCAGCUACCACGCCCCAACGAACAGCCAGUCCACAGGCACAGGCUCCUCAGAAGUGUACUCGAACCCUAGCAACAACAGCCACAGCACGCCUUACUCGGGGCCGGCGUCGGCGGGUCUCAGCAGCCAGGGCUGGGGUGGGAUGAGCGUCAUCAGCGGGCGGACGAGCGAGGCGUCCAACAGGACCAGCGGCGCCAACUUCUUCGACGCGAUCGGCACGGUGAGGAUGGAGGCGUUCAUCAGCCCGCUGGCGUUCAGCCAAUUCGGACCCGAUGCCGACAACAACGGUGGUGCCGUCGGCGGUGGUCACUUCCCUGACCCGCUCGAGGAUUCAAGAUACCGAGCGAGGCGGAGGUCCAAGGAAAUCCGCCGGCGGAGGAGCAGGAGCCGGCAGAGGGACAGCUAUUCCUCGCGCGGCGCGAGGAGUGAUUAUUAUAGCGGGAGCCGGACGGCGGGCGAGGAGGAAUACAUGAGGGAGGACCCCUUUAAGGGGUUCUGA